AUGGCUUUUGCAAGCUCCAUCUCGCUGGAUACUGCUGCUAUAAUGUCGACAGCGCUAGAAGGCAUUUUAUACGGCUUUUCGGUCCUCAUGUUUAUCGGCACCAUCUGGGCACUGACCUACAAGCGAUCCAUGCGGGAUGUCAAUCGCCCAGUCGCUGCUGCGGCCAUCCUGCUGCUGUUACUGAGUACCGCACAUAUAGUCUUGGACAUUAUUCGGACCGUAGACGGACUGGUUAUCUAUCGCAAUACGUAUCAAGGUGGGCCAGCGGCGUACUUCGCAGACGUUUCUCAAAAUACGUAUGUGGUCAAGAAUUCCAUAUACGUUGUGCAGACUCUGCUUGGUGAUGCGGUAGCGAUCUAUCGUUGUUACAUCGUUUGGCAAACUGCCUGGGUCAUCAUCUUACCAGGCAUGUUAUGGUGCGGUGUCGCAGUCACUGGCGCUCUUUCAGUCUACGGGGAUUCACAAACAACUAAUGCUGGAAGCAUAUCCGCCGAAGUGACUAUGGAGUGCAUGGGUGCGUUCUGUGCCUUAACACUUGCAGCCAAUUUGUCAAGUUCAGGACUGCUGGCGUAUCGCAUCUGGAAAAUCGAACGCAAUGUCUCUGCCUCUCGCGCUACGAAGGUCGUGACCACGAGUAUCAUGCGCGUAAUUAUGGAUGCUGCUAUUUUGUACACCAUGGCGCUCCUCGCUACAAUAAUAGGAUCCCUCUGCUCAGGCAGUGGACCGUUUGUUCUAAUAGACAUGCUCACGCCGAUCAUCUCAAUUGCCUUCUACAUGGUAAUCAUCCGAAUCGCAAUCGGUAAAAACGCUCACAGUCAGAUCUUGACUGUCCGUGGGGGGAUGGCCACUAGUGAGACGGAACGAGGGAGCUUGCCGCAAUAUCAUUCUAUGAAGCCUCUCCAGGUCCAUAUAUCCCGCUCCACGCACACCGAUGGUACUCUGUAUGAAGUUUGGAAUCAGAACCGACCACCGACACGUAAGGAGUCUCUGGAAGGGGCGUCUUGCGACGUGUCAUCAGCCUAA